CGGACGGCAGUGCGCAUGCGACCUGCGCGACUCUGGGAGUUGGUCACGGUGUCGGGUAAAUGGCAGCUUCAGCCGCAUCGUCGAAAUGGUAUUUCACCCGGGAGCAGCUGGAGAACACGCCAUCCCGGCGGUGCGGGAUCGACACGGACAAGGAGCUCUCGUACCGGCAACAGGCCGCCAAUCUAGUCCAGGACAUGGGCCAGCGGCUCAAUGUCUCUCAAUUGACCAUCAACACUGCAAUUGUUUAUAUGCACAGAUUUUAUAUGCAACAUUCUUUCACAAGGUUUCAUAGAAAUGUUAUUUCCCCUGCUGCUUUGUUCUUGGCUGCAAAGGUAGAGGAACAGCCACGUAAACUUGAGCAUGUCAUAAAAGUGGUGCAUGCCUGCUUGAAUCCUCAAGAACAGCCGCUAGAUGUUAAGAGUGAUGCGUACCUUCAACAGGCCCAAGAUCUGGUCAUACUUGAAAGUAUUAUUCUGCAAACCUUGGGUUUUGAGAUUACUAUAGAGCACCCUCAUACUGAUGUGGUGAAAUGUACCCAGUUAGUGAGAGCAAGCAAGGAUUUGGCACAGACAUCCUAUUUCAUGGCUACCAACAGUUUGCAUCUGACAACAUUUUGCUUGCAGUACAAACCUACCGUGAUAGCGUGUGUGUGUAUACAUCUGGCUUGCAAGUGGUCCAACUGGGAAAUACCUGUAUCCACAGAUGGAAAACAUUGGUGGGAAUAUGUGGAUCCAUCUGUAACUCUGGAAUUACUUGAUGAGUUAACGCAUGAAUUUCUGCAAAUACUGGAGAAAACUCCAAGCAGAUUAAAGAGGAUACGAAACUGGCGGGCUAAUCAGGCUGCAAAGAAACCAAAAGUAGAUGGUCAGAUAGCUGAUAAUGUUCUUCCUGGUUCAUCUGGGCCCCAUGAAUCUACGUGUUCUGUUGGUGGUGAUCCUGCUUCGAGUACAAAUUUUCCUAAAUCAAAUUCCACAACUGCUCUACCUGCAUCGUUGAACUCUGGUAUUUCAAUGCCUGCACAUGUCCCUGAGAUGAUGGCUACCACUUCAUUCACUUCUACCUCCCAGCAAGAGUGGCCUCAGCAUCCUCACCAGAACAUGGAGCAAGUUCAUUCUCAUAAACAAGAUUUGUCAGCACCUGUUAACAAAAAUGAUAUGAUCUGCACUCAGCAGUCAACUUCUGGACAGUUAGCUCAAAGUCAUCAUCGAUCUGAAAAGGUUUCAGGGCACUCAUCUAGUAAACAUGAACAUCUUAAAUCUGGUAAUGGCAAACAUCAUGGAUUCCCCCUUCCAUCUGUACCAGCUCCUCAAAAAUUAGCUUUGGACAGAUACAGGGAGAAAUUUGCUGCAGAACUGGCAGUACAGAAACGCAAACUAGAAACACUGGAGUCUGAUGUGAAAGAACAGUAUGCUUCUGCUGCUCAAGCCCUGGUAGAACAACAGAAAAAACGUCCACCAGUGCAACAGCAAAUUCAGCAUAAUAGUAAUUCUGUGACUUCACCAAUUAAAAUGAAAAUCCCUAUUUCAUCAGAAAAAUCAGAAAGACAUGCAGCUGAUAAAAAAGAAAAGGGUUUGCUUAAAUUGAGGAUACCUAUCCCACCAACAGAAAAGGCUUCUAAGGAUGAGCUAAAAAUGAAAAUUAAAGUCCCCUCAUCUGAAAGACACAGCUCCUCAGAUGAGGGCAGUGGUAAGAGCAAGCACACAAGUCCACAUGCAAACAAGGAUCAUAAGGAAAAACGGAAGGACCAUUCUUCUCAUCAUCACCACCAUAGCAGCCACAAGCAUUCGCAUAGUAGCAGCAGUAGUGGGAGUAGUAGACAUGGUAUCGAUGGAUCGAAAGGAGGAGCUUUGCGGAGUCCCGUGGGUCUGAGCGGUGAUGGCAGCUCCACUGGCUCCAGCUCUUCACGCAAGAGGGCGCACGCCAGUGAUACCUCUCACAACCACCAUGCCAAAAUGAGCAAAACCUCCAAGACUGCAGGUACUUCAUCUAGCUCUUCUUCCUCUUCCUCUUCUUCUUCCUCCUCUGUGAAGCAGUAUAUAUACCCUUACAACUUAAUUCUUAACCUUCCCUCCUCCCCUCCUCCCACUGUCACAUACCAGGUGGGCUAUGGACAACUCAGCACCCUCAUGAAACUGGAUAGGAAACCUGCAGAGGCCAACGGUCACAACGCCAAUCCAGAAUACAAUGCAAACAGUCAGCACAUGGACUACAAAGAUACUUACGAUAUGCUGGAGUCACUCUUAAGUGCCCAAGGAGUGAACAUGUAGCCGUCAUUCGAAGCCUGUGUUUGAAGUUGGAAUUCUCCCUCUUAAUUCAGCUGUGACAAAAGUCAUUGCUGCCACUGCUUCCAUUAGAUCUGAGCGCUGCUUCCCCAUUCUCCACUUUGAUAAGGAGAUUAGCGUAAGCAUAAUCAGAGGUGAAUGUUGAAAGGGUUGUGCUCUACAUAGUAUUACAAAACUGUAACUUCUAGCAUGAGAUGUGCAUAUUUAAUUUUGCCGAUUUUUCAGCAAUUGAAAAUUAAAGAUGGCAGACUGCUGCUUGUGAAGGUUUAAUGCCUAAUACGUUGUGCACACUGAUAAUGUGGCAGGUUAUUGGUUUUGCAAUCUGUCAAAGCCUGUGUUCAUAUUGCCACAUCUUUCAAAGGAGUGCAAUUUUUUCAAAUUUCAUUUUUGUCCUUCUAUUGUAUGGUGAUUUUUGCAUGUUUCUAGGACAAAAGGGAUGUAAAAUGGACAUUAGAGACAACUGUAUUAGUUUACCAGAAAGUGGAGAAAAAUGUACAUACAUUUUUGUAUGUUUAGAUGUACUAUGAAUACUCAGGUUUGGAGCUGCUUGUAAGUAUAAAAAGUUUAAAAAAAGAGAGGUUUACAUAUGACUGAAUUUGCUAUAAAGUGCAUUUAACAAUUUUCAUGCUUGUUGAAGUAAUUUACCCAGGCAACGUGCUGUUUCUUGAUUACUUUGGGUUAUUAAUGUAACAUUUAAAAAAUUGUCAUGGCUCAUGUAGGAGAGAAGUCAAGUCAUAAGUAUGAUGGCUGUAUUUUUUUAGGUUAGCUCUUUAAGUAUUACUUUAAAUACAUCUUAAUCUACAGGGAUCAAAGUGUCAAUCAGCAUCUUAACUUUCCAGCUUCUGUAUGCUUGGAUUAUAAAGUAAAAGGAACAAGUUACUGUUAAUAAUGUGAUUUUUUUCAGGCAUAUAUAUAUAUAUAGGUUUGCAGUCAACCACACAAGUAAGGACAUCUUAAAAAGGUAUUAUCUGACCUUUUAUGGCUUAUGGAAACACCAAAAUAAUACUGUUGAAAAUGAUAAGAAUACAGUUUAAUUAUUGUACUAACUUUGUGGAGGACAAAGCAGCCUGUGAGAAGAUCUACUGUUCUCAAAAGCUGAACUGUUUUGGGUCUUAAGUAAUCGAGACUGGAGCCGUUCACGCCAUUACAGUAAUGUAAAAACUAAUUGCUGUCACUGGUCAGAUAUUACCUUCUUAACAUUGAAGUUUUCUUAGUUGAAUUCAUCAAUAAAUGUGAUAGUUAUUCACGUUG